AUGUCCGAAGAGAACUGUUGUAACAGUUAUACCGUACAUAUUCAAAUAAUUCUUGAAGGGAAGUUCGGUAACGUGUCGAUUGUCAACCACCAAUCAUCAUUCAGCGAUGGCGAGCAGUCGGAAUCGAGUGAGCCGCUGACACAAGAUACGCUACUCAAUAAUGAUUUCAAUCCAAGACUUCACAGAAAAAAAGCCGUUAAACUUAAAAGAGGAAAAAAUAAUGAGUCAACGAGGAGUCUGACAGAUCCCAUGCUAAACAGGGUCAUUUCUAACGGGUGCACCUCAUCUGAUUCCAGCUCAAACUACUCAGACUGGACAUCCAAACUGCCCCCAAAGGGACUACCACCAAGGUCUCGAUCCCCGCGACCUCCGACUGGAAAAUCAAUGAAAUCCUCAUCAGCCGAUCAAACUUUGAACGAAAAUUCCCCAGCAACAUCUAAACCGUCGAGUUUUAAACAAAGGGUUGCCGCUAAAAUUAGCAAUUCUAGCGCUUCUGCUAGCAAUUUGUUGAAAGUAAAUACCGCAACUUCAAAUUUAACACCAAAAAACAUUCCUUCAAAUUUGAACUUGAGUAACUUAAACAUCAGUACAAACGAACUAGAAUGUCCAAAAGAGCAACCAGACUCACCGUGCAUCAAUUCAGCAUCAACGAAGACGAACAACGCCAGCGUUACAAAAAGAAAUUUGAGUCUAGACAGAAGAAAAUUACGAUUAUCAUCUAUAUCCUCAUGUCUAGACCACAAAUUUGAUCUAGAAGAGAGCAAACAAGUGCAGUCACCGUCUUCCACGUCUCUCUCCGCCAAUUUGAGAUCCCCUUGCGACUUUUUUAAUUCAUUUACAAAGAGGAAGAGCUUCAAGGAUGGAUUAGUGUCGCCAGACUUCUCGAAGAAUAAGCAUAUGUUUGGCUCUAUGUACUCAACAUUAAGCUCUAAAAAACAGAUGGCUCUGCUUAAAAAGUUUUCGGCACCUUCUGAAUUUUUCACGUUAAAAUAUUCCCCGGAAGACGAUGGUGAACUUAUUGCCGCGUUUUUCGGUCAGAAACUCGAACAAGCAAUCCUAAACUCGAUAACGAAGCGCGGGUUGACGUUGGAUAAACUGACCAGACAGCCGAAAAAAAGCAUGUCUUCAAUGGAAGAUAUUAGAUCUCAAGAUGCCUCCAUCAACUCCAAUCACGAUUCUCUCAGCCAAAACGGGUUACCGAAAAUGCCAGACCUUUUGACCUUGGGUCGACCCAAUUACGAUCGGGGUUUGUUCAAGCUGGAAUCUCAUUGGUCAAAAAUUGUGACCAGUGGUCAUGUGAUGAACAAAUACGAGCAAGAUGAACAGGAAGCAAUAUGGGAGUUGUUGGUCACUGAGGUUGAUUACAUCAAUAAACUGAGGGUCAUAACCGAUUUGUUCGUUUGCUGCUUGAUCAACCUGCAGAAUGACUUGAUAUUAAACGAGAUCGAAGUUGAUAAACUCUGCAGCAACCUUGUUGACGUUUUCUAUGCAACCUGCCACUUCUGGGCCACCUACCUUCACCCCGUCUUCACGGAGGCCCAAAAAACUGGCUCACCCCUGGACCCCACUAGACUGAAAUCCGGAUUUCUGAUUUUUGAUAAAAUUUUCGAACCGUACAAGAAAUAUUGCCUAGAACAGGAAGUCUGCCGAGAAUACACCAAAAAUAGACUGAAAGAUAAUGAGUUGUUCAAGAUUUUCAUCAACUGGGCAGAGUCACAGCCCCAGUGCAAUAGGCUGAAGUUAACUGACCUGAUAGUGACACCGUUUCAGAGACUAACGAAGUACAAACUCCUACUGGCUGCUAUUAAUAAACCCGUUCUGCGAUUAGUCGAAACUCUGACUAAUAGCAACAACGAACUGGAAAAUAAAUGCGAAACUAUGAGUGAUAAUAUAAUUAACAAUAGCAAUAAUAUUAUAAAUAAUAAUAUAGUUGGUAAUAAUAACAAUAAUAAUAAUAACAACAACGAUACCACUGAUGAUAAUAAUGAUCAAAGUAAAACUAUUGAAAAAGCUGAUAACACUGAAAACAUUAUUGUUGACAAUGACAAUGAUGACGAUGAUAAAGAACAUGAUGAUGGCGCAGAUGACGUCACGAAAUGCGAUGAGGUCAUUGAGCGUAUCAUUAACGAAUGCCAAGAGUUUAACGACAAACAACAGAAAGACCAUCAUCAACAACAUGAUGAUGAUAAUGAUGAUAAUAAUAGUAAUAAUAAUAAUAAUAAUAAUAAUAAUAAUAAUAAUAAUAAUGAUGAUGAAGAAGAAUGUGAUAUGAAAAAUAUUAAUAAUAACAACAAUUAUAUUAAUGAUGAUGAUGCUAAAAAUGACAUAAGCGAGCCUAACGCUGCUGACCAGGAUAGCAUAAGCAAUAAUAAUAAUAAUAAUAACGAUAAUAAUAAUAAUAACGCUAAUAAUAAUAAUAAUAAUAAUAAUAAUAAUAACGAUAAUAAUAAUAAUAAUAAUUUAGAUGAUAACGAAAAAACGUUAAAAAUCAAAAACGCCGAUGUUGUAGCUACCUCCAAAUCGCCAUCGUACUCGCCACCGCAGCCACCAUCAUCAUCAUUACCAAAAACGUCAUCGUCUUUGUCGUCAUCAUCAUCGUCAUCACAACCACCACCACCAUUAUCAUCGUCAUCACAACCACCACCACCAUCAGCGCUGGAAACCUAUGAACGACAAAGGAUUGACAUCAGGAUUAUGAUGGAGUACGUGGAUAAGUUUGUGAGUGAAGUUGACGCUGCCGUGCGUCUGAGACAGGAACAUCAGCAGCUUUCGACCAUCAUGGACAGUAUCGACUGCUACGAAGUCGCUGAUAACAUUGACGUUCUGUGCUAUCUUCUGACGGACAUGUUACUAGUCACCAAGCAGGCUACCAAGAAACUCGAAAAGGUCAAGUUCAAGGUCAUUCGGCCCGUGACCCCACUCGAUAGACUGAUGGUAUAUGAAUUGAAGGAUAACGUUAGUAUGUUAGUGAUCACGGUGAAUGAGUACAACCUCGUCCAAUCUGUCUAUCAGCUGGUCGGUGAUGUCAAACCGUGGUUUGAAGCUAUCAAUAAAGCCAAGAAAGAGUAUGAGAUGAAGAAGCAAGCCUACGCACAGUUCAAGAUGGACCAGACACUGAACACUGAUCUCCAAACAAUAGCAUCAACAGCAACGCUCCACAAAAAAUAUCUACAUUCAAUCAUCAACAACAGCAGCAGCAGCAGUAACUGCAGUAGCCAUCUUUACGAUUCCUCGCCUCAGUCCUAUUUUUCAUUUGAUUCUGACAGCACAUCCCUAUUUCAUGACGUCAUUCAAGCCGCGUCCCUGAAUAAUACGUCAUCGCGUUUUUAUCCUGCUGUUAAGCCCGUGAGGAUAGAAACUGCGUUCGAAACAACAUCAACAACAAACUCAAAUACAUUAAAACAAACGUUAAACAACAACAACAGCAACUACAACAACAACUCUCUAUAUAAAUUAAACCCGUUUCAUAAAUUCAACAACAGUCGCUUUUAUAUGAACUACGACAAAAUCGUCCACAACAACAACAACAAAAAUAACAAUAAUAACAUUAAUAAUAAUAACAUUAAUAAUAAUAACAACAACAACCGUAGUAGUGAUAUUAAUUUUUCAAAAAAUUCAGUCUACGCCAAAAUUGCCGUUCAGUACGAUCAUGAUUACGAAAAUGUUUGCGAUUCAAAAGCAGCUGAUGACACAAACAACAACAAAAACAACAACAACAUUAACAACAACACCAACAACAUCAACAUCAACAAAAACAACAACAUCAUCAACAAUAAAACAAGCGCAAACUCGUACGAAAGUGCAACCAUCAACUUAUUUGUCAAGAGCAAAUCCUCAGACAGCAGCACUUUUAUGAUUGAUUUCAAUGAUUCGGAUAGCACAAUUCUUCAACCUCUGGAUCUUAUUAGUCAAGAAAUAUACAACGACAACAUCAACAACAACAACAACAGAAACAGCAGCAACAACAACAUCAGGAAUACCAUUAGCAGAAAAUUAUCUAACUCGCUGCCAAAUUGUUUAGAUUCAUAA